ACAACCCCCACUGUCCAAGGAAUGAAGUUGCAAGCUUGCCUCGCUGCGCUUGCAGCAACUGUCAACACGUGUGGCGCUUUCGUGCCUGCUCUGGUGAGCUGCCGGGAUGGUGUUCGAGCGUCACACGCUCACCACGGGCCCAGCAGUGCGUCUCCCCUAAGAUCGUCCUCCUCGUCACCAGCAGACGCGGUGGAUGCCUUCCCUUCCGACAUCUCCCCCGACGCCUCCUCCUCUACGCCCCCCGUCAGCGGGGGGUUCAGCCUCGCCAACGAGCUGCUGCAGACCGUCCUCUCGGGAGUCGGUGAGGGCUACAUCCCCUACUCGGAGGCGGACAAGAGCGCGAUCGAGGAGCUGGUAGUGGAGCUCGAGACCUCCUCGGGGCAAGGCACGGAGGUGCAGUUCCCCAGGGACCUGGGCAAGCUGGACGGCCGGUGGAGGCUGGUGUUCACGAACAACCUGGUCGGUCUCGGCAGGCUCUCCCCCGUGGAGCUGAGGGACGUGUACCAGGUGGUGGACUCGGCCGCCGGGCUGGUGAGCAAUGUGGUGUACGCGACCAUGUCCCCACCGCUGUUCUCGGAGACUUGGGGCAGGCUCGGGGAGCGGGCGGCAGAGAUCGCGAGGACCGUGGAGGACCGGGUCACGUUUCCGGUGGACUUUAACAUACAGCAUGAGUUCGAGGUGUCCUCGCAGUCCAAGCCGGCGCAGAUCGAGCUGGUUCAGAAGGAGCUCAAGCUCAUGAACGCGGAGGACGCAGCUAAGCGAUCACUCGCCCUUCCAGCGUUGCAGCCCCUGGCCAAGGCGGCGGCUGGUCGCUUCGACACCACGUACCUCGACCAAAACGUCCGCGUCAGCCGCGGCCGUUUUGGAGAGCUACGGGUGUUCCAGCGCGAGGCGUGAAUACGGGAAGAGGAGGGGGGUGGCGGCCGCGAAAGACACGGGGUCUAAGGUUGUAGCAGUUUUGUGGUGGUGGUGUUCGGGGCUGGGUUUCGGUGGUGAUCAAGCUGUUCGUGCGUUGUCUCCGCUUCUUGGUGAAGUGUUCUUUUUUUCCGUUUUUUCUGGUGUUCUUUUCUCCCGCUCUCUCUUGAAGAUGAAAGGUGUGCCCUUGUAUAUUUUGUGGUCUGUUGUUUUAGAAAGACGGACGAUACAACGGUCAAGCAAGCAGGGGGUAUACAGCUGGGGCGGCACAGCUGUGCUUUGAGGAACAUUCACAGCAACUGAAAAGACUUCCGGCUGUUUCCUUUGUUUUUUGCCGAGAGUCCAACGUAAAAGCGCACGGUCGGACGCCGAACCGGCUCACCUUGUGGGCCCUCUGUAGGGCGGGUAUGUACAAGGCCACUUGACCCGCCGUACCGUGGGCCUCCGGCCCUAUUCAAGGUAAGUCAAGUACAGUUGAUCAUUUUCUCGUUGCCAAAAGAUUUCGGCUGCCCUGCCGUAUAGAGGACCCGCGCUGCCUUCUUCAUAGUCAGCAAUUGGGCGCAAGGGGUGUCACUGCUACUCUAACACCUAAGGCGGCCAAGUUUUGAAAAUCCACACUUAGAUAUGCGGCUUCGAGCAAAAGAAGGCGGGAAGCAGACCGAGAUAUACGUGACUAUGUAGAGGUGGUGGGCAGAGGCGUCUUGACCAUCUAUAACAAUUGAUUUCGUCGGUGGAAGACACGGUGUGGAUAGCGGGCUGCAGGGAACCAGAUUGGUGUUUUCCCGAGAAAGGGUUGGAUGCAGAACCGGUUGACGAAACGGAACGAUAAAGUUCCGUUUCGGAUUGCACGUUGUCGCGAAUGGAUGAGGGGCGACCGUUGAUUGUGCUUUUAUUGCCGUGGGUGUCGAUGUAGGCUUCGUAGAUAGAACGACCCCAGCGAACAGAAUAAUUUGUCCUGUUGAGUGACAAAAAGUAGUUUUUUAUGAAUGGAUGAGUGUUCAAUCGGCGCUGCACAGCUGUGGCAUU